AUGGCGCUGCUGCCUCUGCCACCCCUCUUGUUCCUCCUCCUCCUGCUCUUCCUGGGAAUGCUCGCCUCCCGGGCGCCGGCGCAGCCGGCCACGCUGCACGAGCGCGACGCGGCGGCGCUGCGUGACCUCCGGGCCAGCCUGCGCGACCUCUCGGGCUCCCGCUUCUUCGACACCUGGGACGACGCCCGGAGCCCCUGCGCGUACGCCGGCGUCGUCUGCGCGCCCGACGACGCCGACGGAGACGACAGCCCCGACAGCGACUCCUCCAGCACCACCGUCCUCCGCGUGUCGGUGCUGACCCUCGGCACGGGGCUCGCCGAUUCCCCGGGACUAACUGGCACACUCCCGGACUCCCUCUCCACGCUCGCCGCGCUGACGGACCUGGUCCUGUACCCAGGCCGCGUGUCGGGUCCCAUCCCGUCAGGCCUCGGCGCGGGUCUCCGCCGCCUCCGGCUCCUCUCGCUGGCGGGCAACCAGCUGACGGGUCCGGUCCCGGCCUCCCUCGCGGGGCUGCCCGACCUCCACACGCUCGACCUCGGCGGGAACCGCCUCGACGGCGCCGUGCCCGCGGGACUGCUCCUUCCCGACUCGCCCAGCCUCAAGGUGCUCAUCCUCGCCAACAACGGCGGGAUCUCCGGGGAGAUUCCCGCCGGGUUCGCGAGCUCCGGGCUGUUCCACGUCGAUCUCGCGAGGAACGCGCUCGCUGGGGGGCUACCGCCGCUGCCGGCCACGUUGCGGUACUUCUCCGUCGCCGGUAACGCAAUGCAGGGCACCCUCGACGGGGCCUUUGGUGGCACUGCUGGUGGUGGUGACGACGGCUCAGCCAGUCCACCAUCACCCCUACCCGCCGACCUGGCGUUCCUGGACCUGUCCAUGAACAACUUCUCGGGCCGCAUCCCGGCGUCGGUGUUCGCGCUCCCUGGCCUGUCGUCGCUGCUCCUGUCGCGGAACAACUUCACGGGCGCGCUGUCCGUGCCGCCGCCGUCCCCGCAGCAGGAGUGGGCGGUGGUGGACGUGAGCCACAACGGCAUCUCGGGCGAGGUACCGGAGGCGCUGGCGGCGGCGGGGAGCCUGUACGUGAACAACAACCGGCUGUCCGGGGAGGUGCCGGCGGCGGUGGCGCGCAGCGUGCUGGCGGGGCGGAUGACCACGCUGUACGCGCAGCACAACUUCCUGACGGGGUUCCCCGUCCCGCCUGCCGCGCCGCUCCCGGACUCCGCCGCGCUCUGCCUCUCCUACAACUGCAUGGAGCUGCCGUCGGCCUCCGCCGCCGACGGCUGCCCCACCAUCGGUGGCCCCCUCGAGGCCAGGCCCGCCGAGCAGUGCCGGAGCACCACCACCAGCGGAGGAGGAGCAGGCGGCGACGGCUGA